AUGCUGUUCGCAGUUUCACAGCAGGGCCUUAUCCGGAUCAGCGGCCACUGGGCAGCUGCAGGACGUGAAGUUCUACCAGAGAAGCAGGCCCGGGUCAACAUCACUGCGAAGGCGGAGGUGGUGCUUCACUGGCCCAGGUCAGCUCGGCCUUCAUCCAACGAUGUCCAGGUGGAGUUCAUUUCGCAUCAGAUUUGGCCUCCGCUCCCCCGCAAGCCAGCUGGGGCAGGUGCAGGCGGACUUCUGACAAGGCGGAGUGACACCAAACUGCGAACACCAUGCAGGAGCCGCCGUUCACCUUCUUAA